UGCACAUUCCAACUCAUAUUCUGUGCCUAUGGCUGAUGCAGAGGACUACUCGAGCCUGCCGCUAGAGCAGCGGCUGACACACAAGGUCUGGAAGCUAAAGACGCUGGACCCAGAUCACGACGGGGCGCGCUUCAAUAUGGUCGAGCAGUACCUGACGAAAAUGAUUCUCGACACCAACAUGGCUGCGCAGGAGGCUGGCGUUGCUACCGUCAUGGCAUUUGUUGAAAAUGCACCUAGCCCGCUUCGGUACCGCAGCGAAAUAGUAGCUGGUGUUGUGAGCAAGUGUAUAGCGUCGACAAAGGCUGUUACACGGACACAGAGCGUGGAGCUUCUGAUGUUGCUGAGCGAGGCAGAUACGCCCGGUCCUGUUAUCGAGGGAGUUGUGGAGGGGUUCGACGCGAAGACACCCAAGGCUAUCGCUGCGGCAGUAGCGUGGAUCAAGGCAUUUGUGAGAAGCGAGGCCCAGGCACUGGCAGUGGAGCUGUAUCGGUGGAUUGGCCAGGCGCUGGUUCCGUCAUUGCAGGACCUGCAGCCAGUACUGCUGAAGGAGCUGGAGACACAGUUUGCGAAAGUUGCCGGCGAACCGCGGCCCACACAAAAGCGCCUGCUUCGGUCACAGCGGGAGGUUGACGAGCCGCAGUCUGAUGAGUCGGCUGGAGCUGCAGACGAGGGUGCCGGCGGAGGCAAUGAGGAGGGCGAUGAUGUGGAUGGCGGAAUGGAUGCAUGGGAGCUUGCGGAUCCUGUCGAUAUCACAAAGAAGCUCCCCGAUGACUUCCACGCCUUGGUCACGUCAAAGAAGUGGAAGGAGCGCAAGGAGGUCAUUGAAGCGCUGCAUGAGACACUGCAAAAAUCCGUACGCCUGCAGCCCAACUCUGCGACUGGCGAUCUCAUUCAGGACAUGGGCAAGCGCAUUACAGACACCAACAUCAUCGUGGCCACCAUUGUCAUCCAGUGUCUGGGCCAGUUUGCUGGUACCAUGCGCUCGGCCUUUGCACCCUAUGCUCAGUCAACACUGCCCGGCCUGGUCGAAAAGUCAAAGGAGCGCAAGCAGACGGUUAUCGAUGCAAUCCGGGUCACUAUGGACAACUACUUUAUCGCCGUCAGCCGCGAUCUGUCGGCAAUUGGCGACCACUAUUUCACAGGAGCCACCCACAAAAACCCGCAGGUCAGGGCAGAGGCCGCCCACUUUUUGCGGCGGUGUUUGUCAGAAGUCAGCACCAAGCCCAGCAAAUCGGAUGUCAAGCGGUAUUCAGAGCAGCUCAAGGCUGGGCUCGACGACGGAGAUGCUAGUGUGCGUGAGGCUUCGGCUGAAUGUUUGGGAACGCUGGGCAAGCUGGUCACGAUGAAGGUGCUGGAGCCAUUCAUCGAGGGCAUUGACAAGAUCAAGAUGGAGAAGGUCACCGAGUACAUGGACAAGGCCGCCGUCAAGGCCAAGGCGGAAAAACCUGUAGCCAAACCGCCGCCAGCAAGAUCGGGAGCCAGGCCAGUGGCUGCACGGCCUGGAGCCAGACCAGCACCUGGGAGUAAGCCGGCGCCAAGAGCAAAGCCUGUGCCGCCAAAGCCAGCGCCAGUCGAAGAGGCUCCAAAGGGAGGAAAAGCCCGCUGGACUCGAGGCAUCUGCCCGGGCAGCUGCGUUAAAGAAAGCUCAGCGCGAGGCAGCAGCAGCAGCUGCUGCUGCUCCAAAGGCCAGCAGCCCCACCUGCUCGUGUUGCUCGCCCUGCAGGCAGCAGCUCCAGUUAAGAAGCCGCUGAGUGCACGGCCACCUGCUGCUGCCGCAACAAAGGCAGGUGGUUCUGCUGCAAGUGCUGCCACCGCCGGUGGAGGUAGCAAAGGCGCUGAUGACACGGUCCGUAUGCGGUUCGCCAACGACGAUAAUCUGGACGAGAGGCUUGCUGAUGCUCUGCCGGCUGAGGCACUGACUGGGCUCCAGAGCGCCAAAUGGAAGGAUCGCGUCGAAGCUAUGGACAUGCUGAAGCAGCAUCUUGAAGACCAAGCCGCUGGCUGGUUUUCAAAGAAGCCUGGGUGGAAGGAGAGCAACUUCCAGGUCACGUCGCGCGUGUUCCAGGUCAUUGAGUGGAUGGCCAGCGAGCGGUCGCUGGAAUUCAAUACUGGCGCUGCAGCACUCUCGAUCCCGCAUCUGGGCAAUGCUCUGAUUGCCAUUGCUGAGCGCUUCACCCUGAAGUUCCUUCUUGGUCAAGCCAUCGAGCCGAUUAAGAGCCAAAAGAGUCCCAAGGUCGUGGCGGACUGUCUCGUGUGGGUGGACUCGCUACUGCUCGAAUUCGGCAUCAAGGGACUGGCCCUGCGUCCGAUUGUCAGCAUGGUCAAGGAAUCCGGUCUCAUGAGCAGCAACGCGCAAACGCGUGCAAAGGCAGUCACAGUCAAGGACUUGGUUGAGGAUCUGAACCCGCAGUUGAUGCAGCUGCUUGAUGCCGAGUUUGACAAGGAUGGCCAUGGCAGCGGAGCAGCCGCCAAUGCCACGCUGCUGCCAAACACAAUAUACAAGAUGCUUAACGAUGCCGACUGGAAGAAGCGCAAGGAAGGACUGACGGCGAUUCAGACGGCUCUAGAAACUGCAAACCACCGCAUCCAGCCUAGUAUCCCUUCAGAAAUCUACGCGUCUCUGAAACUGCGGCUUCAGGACUCGAACAAGAACCUGAUUGCCGUCGCAUUGGGUAUUCUGGGGGCGCUUUCGACCGACAGCGGCGCUGCACAGGCCACCAGUGUUCGCAUCUGCAUGUCUGACAAGAAAGCCGCAGGUGCGCAGCGCUGCUGUAUCAGGCCUAUGACUGCGUGGGCUACAGCAACGCCGGGUUGUGUUGACCAGGCAAUCCUCCCAGCACAGAAGGGUCGGCUGCCCGACCUGUCGCAUAUCAGCGAAUCGCUGUUCUCGUGCCUACAGGACCGCAAUGCUGACGUGCGGAAGCAGGCCAAGCGUGUGCUUGCUCUGUUGGUUGACAGUUGUGGAUUCGAGGCCGUGCACAGCAUGUGCAACACCCAACUCAAGGACGUGGCCAAGGGCACACGGAUUGGCGGCGAGCCCAAGCGAUCAGCCGCAGCAGCAGCAACCCCUUCCCGCCGUGUAGUCGAGCGCGCUAUGUCUCCAGUGGCCGAACCGGUGAUGACUGCUUCGGAGUUGAUUGGGCGUGCGACUGGUGUUGGCCAUGCUGCAACUGCUCCUGCGUCACCAGCCCAGGCAUCUGGCCCAACAGUCGGUGGUCCUGGUAUGCUGCGUCGGCCCAUGGCUGUCAAACGGCCUGCAGGUGCUUCGCCUUCAGUCAGUUUGUCAUCAAUGCGUCCAAAGAUUAUUCGUGGGCCAUCCAGCGGUGCCAGUAGCCGCCCAGCGUCGUCACUUCGUGCCAACACACCGUCACAGGGCCAAUCUAUGGCGCACAUGAGCAACGAGGAGUUGGAGGGGGUCCCGCCUGUUCUUGACAGCGAUACAAGAGCCAAGGAACAACGCGCGCGCAAGGACAUGGCCAUGUCUGCGCGUAACCGAGGCGACUUGGAGGCGCAGCUUAAGCAAGAGAUCGGCCACCACUUUAACCCGCUCGACCGUGAUUACCUGAAUGGGCUGACGAUUUUGGACGAGGUCUUGGCUAUUCCAGCACUUUCGCAGGAGCGCUACGGACUGCCGCUGUCGCUGGCUGUGCGGUUCAUGGCCAACAUCGACCUUGUGCUGAAAUAUGUCAGCAUCCGCAUGUACGACGGGUCCACACAUACUCUCCUAAAUCCGGGAACUACAUGGUCUGAGUACGAAGCGAGUGCCAUUUUGCCUGCGCUUAUCAGCCGGCUUGGGGAUUCCAAGGAGGCCGUUCGCGCCCGGGCUAGGCGUCUUUUGGGCCAGCAAGUUGCCCACCUAUAUCCUACGACCAAGCUCUCGCGAAUUCGGCAAGAGUCGCUCGACGCUGUCUGCUAUUUGAUUCGCGAGCGCACAGCUGGUCUUGGACUCAGCGCUGUGUGCUCUCAGCCAUCCCGCAUUAUUCCAUUGAUUGCACAGGGAAUUGCUGAUCGCGACAGCAACGUGCGGACAUCGACACUAAAUGUGCUGGUUGCUAUCGGAUCGCGAAUGAGCCAAGCUCCAGCAGCUGGGGGUCGGUCUCGCAUUGGUCGCCCAACAGGUGCUCCUCGUGGAGUAACUUCGGGUAUCAGCCGUCUGAAUCGGCCGGCCCAGGUUUCUGAGUCGGCCCCGCCCUCUGUUACUGGACAUGGAAGCAAAUCUCCAGCACCAUUCCCUGAGCAGGCCGCUCAGCCCCCGCCGCCGGCUCCUGUUUCAUCAUCCAGCAGGCCAUCGUAUACGUCGCGUCCCGUGUUCACGCCUCGAUUUCAGAUAGCCUUGAAUUUGCCUCAGUACUCAGCGGCUACCACAGAAUACCAGACUGGUCUGGCUUUGAACCGUAGCAAUGCGACCAGUCGCCUAUCGGAGGGAAUUAGGGCUAUUUCAGCAACGCCGGUUGAGCCAGCGGAACCAGCAAUUUCGUCGCCGUUCCCAACACCUCCGACGUCACUGCCUGGUUCUCGUAUUGGCGGUGGAAUGCGCAACAGCGAAUCUGCGGGAUCUGGUAUUGGUCGUCCGAUGUCGUUCGCAGGAUACGGCUUGGGAAUGCCGCAGUACCGGCGCCAAGCUGAUUUUGCAUCAAUGAGCGAGCCCGAGCGCGAGCACGGCGACGAUCCAAAGGCGACAGAGAUGGCCAUCGAGAGAUUGCAGGCCAUUCUGGACUCCCUGGACCACCCGUCGGGCAAUGAGUCACGGUUCAAUAGCCCCGGGGUGGCGCAUAUACGCCACAACAUAUCCAACAUUGUAUCAGGUAUGGCGAUGCAGUCGACGCUGCACCGCAUUCGCAAGCUGACGAACAACGUUCUUCUCGAGCUCUUCUCCGAUCCUCGUCUGGCCCUGGCAGUACCACAGAGCACGCUGAGUACAUUACUUGAGGAGCUGAUUCGUCGAAUUGUCGACCCUGCAUUGAAGUCGGGCGAGCCUGGAGCGAGUCACUUCCGCGACAGAGAGCAGCUGUUCAAGGGCUCAAUGCGCUUAUCGUCAAGAUUCUGGACAAGGCUGACCGCACCGGCGUUCUCUCGGAGCGUGUGGCCAACCCGCCACCAGCAGGUGUUGACAUGGAUCGUCCAGAAUUUCGGCGAUAUGACGAUGAAGUGCUUGUGGCGGCUAUCCAAGUCUCUGCCUAGCGACACUGAGCGCCAGUUUGGGCCGUUUGCUGGCACAACCUUGCCACUGAAUAUUGGCCGUCCUCCCUUUGGUGACCCGAGGCGCCAUCCGUCGCUUCGCCUUGAGCCAAUUAUACGUGCGGCGCAUCGCCACUUUGUUGUGAUCCCCGAGUCCGAAUGGUACAAGCGUGAGGAUAAGAGCAAAUGGCUGCAUGGCGAUAUGCCCAAGCGCACAGUGAAGACAAUUACACACACGCUGAUCACUGUCAUCCGGCGCAACAUUUGGCAGUUCACCGGCUUGCUUAUCAAGGACCAUGCCCCCUACGCCGGUUCCGACGAUGAUCCGCAUCUUGUUAGCUGGGUCGAGGAGACAAGCGCCCAGCUCGCCCAGCUCUCUGACAUGUGGUCGAGCAUAUCUAAUGUUCUUCGCCAGAUCGAGCCUGGAUCAGAGUUGCCGACUAUGUCACAGCUUGUAAAGGCAUUAACGGUUGCUAACGAGGCAUCAGGACCAAUCAUGGAGGAGGAUUUUGACGACGACAGGACAGUCCAUUCUGGCAGUUCGCGAAACGGCGGCUAUGACGGUGCUAGGCGCUCGCCGCUGCAAGACCGAGCUCGCGAGCUCUCUCAGCUGAGCUCCUCCAUUGCAAAUCCUGGUUCUGCUCAGGGCAGCAAUGGUACACCAAUGUCGAGAAUUGCUGCUCCUGUCACUUCGAGAAUCGGGUCGCCAAUGCGUAACCGACCUGUAUCCAUGGCAAGCCGGCCAAGCCCAUUGCAUGAGCGAGUCGGUAUAUCUGGUGGCUCAUCAUCGGCACGUCAGCAGCCUUCGUUGGCACGGCCUACAGGAAACACUGACAUGGACGCCUAUCCGCGCAAAUCCAUCAACCACAAGUAAAGCUCUCAAAGUAGAAUGAUACUGAUUUUUGAGUGAUAUAGACGAACAGGCAAA